AUGCGUGCACAACAUUGGAUGAUGAUGAUGAUGAUGAUGAUGAUGAUGAUGAUGAUGAUGAUGAUGAUGAUGAUGAUGAUGAUGAUGAUGAUGAUGAUGAUGAUGAUGAUGAUGAUGAUGAUGAUGAUGAUGAUGAUGAUGAUGAUGAUGAUGAUGAUGAUGAUGAUGAUGAUGAUGAUGAUGAUGAUGAUGAUGAUGAUGAUGAUGAUGAUGAUGAUGAUGAUGAUGAUGAUGAUGAUGAUGAUGAUGAUGAUGAUGAUGAUGAUGAUGAUGAUGAUGAUGAUGAUGAAAAGAAUUAUUUUUCAACUGUGUCACAUAAAACUGAUAUCAAACAAACUUUCACUUGAAGGUUUACAAACUGACAGAAAUUGA